GCUGCAGUUUGAGGAAGUUUGAGAUGCUUGAGUCACAGUUUAUUAGAGCUCGUCAAUAUCUGCCAGUCAAAAUAGCCGCUGUGCCACAACACAAUCGGACUAACGGGAAAAUUCUUCACUCGGGACAGACCACGACAAACCACGCGGCACAAUGGGAGCAUCCUCAUCCAGUCUGUUGGACGAGAGCAAAAUAAACUACAUACGAGGUCGAACAGAGGCUGAGCUGAAGAACUUCAGUCCUCAUUACAGAAGACAAAGCUGUGUUGCCUUCUUUUGCCAUCUAAAGGAUGAGGUGGAGCAGCACAGAGCAGCACAGUCCCAGCUUCUCAAACAGAAGGUACCUCCGGAGGCCUCAGAGGUCCUGUACAAGGACAGCAUGCUUUACUUUGAUGACAACAGAAAGUGGAGAGAGAGAUUGGUUGUUGUCCGUGCUGACUACAGUCUGGAGCUUCACGAUAGCCAGGAGUCUUAUACAAAGGGAACCCCUGCACGCCACAAACUCUUGCCAACAGGGGGCACUGUGUUGACCUCAGAGGAAAAAUACACUGCCGUUGUGGACAAGGACUUCCCUGAUCCUAAUGGUUGCAAAGAAGAGCCAUCAGUGCCUAUGGUGGUGGUUCCUGGUCCGCUUCCAGUGUACCUAAGGCUGCCCUACAGACGAGACUCAUACUUUUGUUUCCACCAGGAGGAGAAGAGGGCACGAUUUGUCUCAAUCCUCAACGACUGCAUUCGCCACCAGAACCAAGAUUUUGUGAAGAGUACGGCACAUGAGGUGCAGGCUUUCCUGAAGGCCAUUCACUUCUACAGGCAGGAGAAGGGGCACUAUGAAUCAUGGGAUAUGCUGGUGGGCACUGACACCCAGGUGCUGGCCAAUCUGGUACUGGAGGAUCUCCUGCCGUCCCUGCAGACGGAGCUCUUGCCCAAGCUGAAGGGGAAGAAGCCAGAGAGGAAGAGGGUUUGGUUUGCGACGGUGGAGGCGACUUAUGAGCUCGUGCAUGAACAACUCAGAGAAGGAUUGGAGAGCUUGAAAACAGAGUGCAUAAAUGCCAGCAAACAGCAGGAGGCGCUCAUCCGUUCAGACAUGGACCAAAUCAUCAACUCACAAACCUUUGUGGAAACAAAACUGCAAGCUUUAGUGUCAGAUCCUGCUAUGAAAUACUGUUUAGAGAGCGUGUCCCCGUACCUGACCUCCAUCCUGGAGGAGCUGAUGGGUCCUGUGAGCGCAGGCUUCCAGGCUGUCAGGCUGCUGCUGGAGGACGAGCUCACCCGCGUCUGCAAGGACUUCCCUCAGGGGGGCGUCACGGAGGAGCUUCAGACGGCUCUGCAGCAGGUGGGUCGUGACCGGAUGGAGGACUGUUACCAGCAUGUGAAUGUCCUGAAGGAGCAGCUCCAGGAACUGCGCAACCGCUUCAAGUUCUCCAACUCGUCUCGAGUGGUUCACUGCACACAGGGUCAGAUGCAGCAGUUGAUGGAGAAUGCCGUGUACACUUUUGAGCUGCUGCUCCAGUCUGCUUUAAAGGAUAAACCUGACAAACAGGCCUCGGUUAUGGAGAAAGCCAAGCUCCGCGUUCUGAAGCAAUUUGACUAUGACAGCAGCACAGUACGGAAGAAAAUUUUCCUGGAGGCUCUUGUUGACAUCACUCUGCCAGCCAUCAAGAGGAGCCUGGCUCCUGCCUGUAAAACUGAGCUGCAGAAUUUCGAACAGUUUGUCUUUGCUGAUUACACAAACUUUGUUCAAGUGGAGAACAUCUAUGAAAACAUACUGCUCAACCUCUUAAACAACGAAGUUAACAAAGUGGUAAAGGAAGCAGCCAGUCUGAAGAAGAACAACCUAUUUGCAGACAGCACUGACCUGCAGUGUGUGAGUCAAAGCAGUCUGGCGGACAGCCGGACGCCGCCGCUCUCUGCUCCAUCAAGCCCACCACCAGUACAGGCCUCGAUGACCCCCUCUCAACAGCCAGAGCUGAUCCACCAAAACUCCCAGCAGACCACAGUCAUUCCAGCGCUGAAGAUCACACCUGAAACACCUCAAGCAGAUCUUCCGCCAACAUUACCCAACAGUUCAUCAUCUCCCAUUCCAGACGUUUCCUCAAGCGAACCUGAAAACGUCUCACCAGCUGAGGAGUCUUCAUCUUCUCAACCAGAGGCGACUUCAUCUAUAGUGAAGGAUGAAAAUGAAUCUGUUAGCUCAGACCGAGCGGUUUAUCUCAAUUCCACAAACACAGAAAGUCCUGUUCCUCUCGCUGAUGCAUCUGAAAAUGGAAAUGUUGAGGAAGAUGCGGGUUCUUCUCAGUCUGACACCAGAUGUGUCCAACCUGAUGGACCUGUUGAAGAAACUGUGGACAAGACUGUGAGUGUUGAAGCAGCGCCUUCUAUUGAGAAGGACGAAAAUGACACACAAGACAUUCCUGUUCCUCUUGACUGUGAUGGUCCAGUAGAGGACGCUGUUGUUUUAGCAGCAGAUGUGGUGGAGAAGUGCAGCGUUUCAGCAGAUCCAGAAGACGGAAGCGCUGACGGUGUGCAGAGCAUCAGAGAUCUCAUCAUGGAGGUCAUCGAGGUGGAGGAGACGGUGAGACCCUGUGCCGAAAACCUGCCUUAAACAUGCUUGGGUGAGAAGAUUCUAGAAAACCAUCCAGCUCUGCUAACUAAUGCAACUACAGUGUUAUUUUUUAUAUUACAUUAUCAUUGACAUUUAAUGUACUUUGACCUGCAUAGCAAGUUCCUGUGUAAACAAAAUUAACUUUUUUAACGUUAUCUUGUAUCAUAUUAACAACAAUUAAUAAUAAUAAAUAUAAAAUAAAGCUAUAUAUAUGGGUCAAAGAUGGGACAUUACAUUUGUGGUGUCUGCAUCAAAUGAUAUUGACAAACAUACAUAGAAAGCAUGUUAAAUUCAUGUAUCUAAUGCUUAAAAAAGACUGAACUAAUCAAUAUUCAGCGUAACGGAUACAUGAAUGCAAAAAUGAGUCAACACUUAUUCUGACCUGUACUUUUAAAAAUGUAUAAAAGAUCAUACUAAAUUUUAUUAUAAUUAAAAUAAAACUGACAGGUGGUAAAUCCUAGUAGUUUGAAGGAUAGUGCAAGGUUUGAAUGAAUUAAGAAAAUUGUACUUUAGUGUUAUACUUUGAUCAUUAAUUUGUCUCUUAAUAUAUGCUGGAUGAUAUUUUAGUCAAUGUCCUAUGUAAAUCUCGACUGUUUUGCUCACAAACACAUUUUGUUCUUUGGCUCCAAUAAUAAAAAGAUAAGAAUAUAUCUAUUUUUUGGAAUGAUAUGCUAAUGGUCUAAUCUGAUUCAAUCAAUUAUGCUAAGCUAAGCUAAAAGUCUUGACUGUCAUAGUAUGGGGGAAAAUACUAUGGAGGACAAGGUGUACAUGAAGAGUUUAGAUGCAAAAGCCUCUAAAAGCCAUCUGAUAUUUUCUUCUAAAAUUCACAUUUUUCUCCGACUUCUGUGUGUAGGCUCAGUAAUUUUACUUUUAUAGUGGCAAAUACGUUAUUUACAGUCAGCCUUUAAAGUCAAAUAACUGAGCAUAAACAUAGGAGGCUGACAAAAAUGGUCAUUUCAGGAGAACAUUUCAGAUGGCAUUUACAGGUUUUUGCAUCUGAACUUUAUUUUAAAAUAAGCUUCUUCUGCUCACCAAAGCUGAAAUUAGUUCUUCACAAAUACAAUACAAAUUGUAAAAUUGUGAAAAUGUUAUUGAACUAUAAAAGAACUGUUCAAAAGUAGUUUAUCAUUUAAUUUAUUCAUUUAUUCCAGUGAUUUUAAUGAUGAAUUUUCAGCUUCAUUACUCCAGUCUUCAGAGUCACAUGAUCUUUCAGAUUCUAAUAUUAAUUAUUAAGCAGUUAUUAAAAUUUUUAAUAAAUAUUAAACACUUUAACAUUUUUUGAUUUUUCAUUUAAUAAAUGCCGGCUUGAUUAACAGAAUCAUUUUUGUUAAAAAACUGACCCCAAACUUUUGACCGGUAGUGUGUGUGUGUGUGAGUAUAUAUAAACAUAUAUACAGUUGAAGUCAGAAUUAUUAGCCCCCCUGAAUUAUUAGCCCCGUUUAUUUAUUUUUUGCUCCAAUUUCUGUUUAACGGAGAGAUUUUUUUUUUCAACAUUUCUAAACAUAAUAGUUUUAAUAACUCAUUUCGAAUAACUGAUUUAUUUUAACUUUGCCAUGAUGACAGUAAAUAAUUUUUCACUCGAUAUUUUUCAAGACAAUUCUUGAAGUACAGUUUAAAGUGACAUUUAAAGGCUUAACUAGGUUAAUUAGGUUAACUAGGCAGGUUAGGGUAAUCAGGCAAGUUAUUUUAUAACGAUGGUUUGUUCUGUAGACUAUCAGAAAAAAAAUUUGCCUAAAGGGGCUAAUAAUUUUGACAUUAAAAUAGUUUUAAAAAAUGUAAAACUGCUUUUAUUCUAGCUGAAAUAAAACAUAUAAGACUUUCUCCAGAAGAAAAAAUAUUAUCAGGCAUACUGUGAAAAUUUCCUUGCUCUGUUAAACAUAAUUUGGGAAAUAUUUAAAAAAGAAAAAAAAUUAAAGGGGGGCUAAUAAUUCUGACUUCAACUGUAUUUACACACACAUACUGUACACACACUAACUUUUUUAUAAGCUGCUAAGGUCCCUUAGGUAUUUUUUGAUUGGCUAAUGACUUGCCUAAUUAACUGAACUUGCCUAAUAAAUCUAGUUAAGUCUUUAAAUGGCCCCUUAGACUGAAUACAAGUAUUUUUCCAUAAUUAGUAAAAUAUGUACUGCUAAUGCAAAGACAAAUUGUUUGUUUUAUAAAUUACUUAUUAAAACAAAAUUUUCAAGUAUAAAAAUGCAGGAAAAAUCUCUUGAUUAAACAGCACUUGGGAAAUCAAGUUUCACAGGAGGGCUAAUAACCAUGUAUACAGUACAUACCCCUUUCAUGAUUGACCCACAUAUAUGGCUGUUUAUUUUCUUCUGUUUUUCUUAUAAUGCUCAAUACUUCAUUUUAACGUAGGAACACUUUUGUUACACGGUUUAAAUGAAAUGACAAGAACUAGAAACUCUACAUUUUAAUAUGGUACACAAAUGUUUUUUAGUGGACUGACUAAUUUAUUAAAGCGUUGCGCUGGCCUGUACAGUCAACCCCUUCAUUACAGUAAAUAGCAGGAGAUUAUGCUGAUCACUAAACCAUUAUUUUGUACCGUGCUGUAGAUUUUCUGAAAACGAGACAGUAUUUUUGUACAUAUGAUUUCCUCAAGAAGACCAAGAGUCCGUUCAAUAAACUUUUUUUUCACAAAACAGAAA